GCCAUUACUUGUAUUCCAUCAAUAUACCAGAAAUGGAAAACUUGGAAAUUCCUAAGCAAGAAGUUCAUAUCAACAUUGAUGAUUCAAUAUCCUGCAGUAAAGAGAGAAGCACUGACCUUCCUCAUACCAAACCCAAUGUUCUGAUGUCUAUUGUGAGUAGACUCCAUGCAGGCUAUUUCAGAAUAAGCCUCUCCCUCUGCAGCCAAGCUCUGCUAUGGAAGAUGAUGAUCGCACCUGAUUCACCAAGCAUGUCCCAUUUGCAAAGCAAUCUUCCGUCCAUAGCGUUCCAUCUCCUGUGGUACCUAGCACUUGCAACACAAGUGGCACUCUGUCUUUUGUACGCGUUGAAGUGUUUCUUCUUUUUUGACAUGGUGAAGGAAGAGUUCUCACAUUAUAUUGGAGUGAACUAUCUUUACGCUCCAUCGAUCUCAUGGCUUAUCUUGCUUCAAUCAGCUCCAAUGAUGGAACCACAAAGCGUUCUGUAUCAGUCAUUGUUCUCGGUGUUUGCUCUCCCAGUAUUGGCCCUCGACACAAAGCUUUAUGGACAGUGGUUCACAACAGAGAAAAGGUUCCUGUCGAUGAUGGCAAACCCGGGAAGCCAAGUAUCAGUAAUCGCAAACCUAGUGGCUGCACGGGGAGCAGCAGAGAUGGGCUGGAAGGAGUGUGCUCUAUUCUUGUUCUCACUGGGGAUGGUUCACUAUUUGGUUAUCUUUGUUACACUUUAUCAACGCCUACCAGGCGGUAAGAAUUUUCCAACCAAGCUGAGGCCAGUUUUCUUCUUGUUCUUUGCUGCACCAGCCAUGGGAAGUCUAGCUUGGAACUCCAUUUGUGGAACCUUUGAUCCUCUGGCGAAGAUGUUGUUCUUUCUUUCGCUUUUCAUCUUCAUGUCCCUGGUCUGUAGGCCAAAUCUUUUCAAGAAGUCAAUGCAAAGAUUCAAUGUCGCGUGGUGGGCUUACUCGUUCCCCAUCACCUUUCUUGCUUUAGACUCAGUUCAGUAUGCGCAAAAUGUGAAAGAUCGGGUCGCUUCUGGAAUGAUGCUUAUCUUCUCAUCUAUCUCAGUUUUGAUCUUCCUUGGUGUGAUGGUACUAAUAGCAGCAAACAGCAAUAGACUACGCAGACGUGAUCCUGUCCUCGGUUCUGCAACUAGUCUAAAAGACAAGCAAAAGCCAUAUCGUCUCAGUGCGGCUACUUGUUAAUUCAAAGGCAACGCUAGUCUGCUCCAGCUUUUCCACUUAGAAAACCAAGUGAUCUUCAUAGUUUCUAUGCCCUUCCUUCUUAUGCAUAACUCUCUCAAUGUAAUGAUGAAACCACUAGGUUUUAACACAGCAGCGACUAAGUUUCAUAUUUGAAACCCAAACCCAAUUUUUAGUUGAUAAAACAUUAAUAACCACUUUGAUUGUAUUAUAGUUCAA